CAAACUUCCCGUUAAUUAAAGCCAAAAAUGAAAUGUCUCCCUCGCUCCCCCUCUUGUCUGCCUUCUCUUUCUCCUCCAGACUACGCUCUGCGUCACCCCAGCCAGCUGCUGAAAUCCAGCCAUUUCUUUUUCUUCCAGCUGCCCCGCUUCCCAGAGCUCAUGCUCUCCAUCAACGACUUCAAGGCCCUCAAAGCCUUGUUCACUAGUCGGAGCACUGGGAUCGGGAGAAAGGGCCGAUGGCUCACUGCAGAGGAUUUGGAAGCCUACUUGUACGCACUCUCUCAGCCGGGAGCUCUGACAGGAGCUCUCAACUAUUACAGGAAUGUCUUCAGCUCGCUCCCUCUGAGCCACAGGCACGUCAGGUCUCCGGUGCUGCUGCUGUGGGGAGAGCGGGACGCAUUCCUGGAGCAGGAGAUGGCCGAGGCCUGCCGCCUCUACAUCAGGAAUCACUUCCGUCUCAACAUCAUAUCCGGGGCCAGCCACUGGCUGCAGCAGGACCAGCCCGACAUUGUCAACACCCUCAUAUGGACCUUCCUGAAGGAGGGAGAGGGACGCAAAAGCUACAGGAACUAAACCCGCACAGCCCUCGCAUCCCACCCCUCUCCCCUCAACACCUUGCACCGUCCCCACUCUCCCGGAAGCCUUAAAUAUGCCUGUGAUACCAAGCAACAUAGUGAUGAUGCAAUCAUUCUUUAAAUUUUUUCACAUUUUAGAUAUAUUUUUUAAAAAAAGAAGUCAGCGAAGAAGGAGAGAAUCAAAGCACACCUCUCACUCAAGAGGAAAGGACACAUGUUUUAAGAUAUUUUUUUGCACAUGACAGCGACAUAUCCGCCUUAAAGUUUUGUCGGUUUCAGCAUUACAAAUGUGUGGCGAAAUCUUUUUAUGUAUUUAUUACAUUUAUUUCUCUUUGUGACCUGUAUUGUGUGGUGCCUUUUAACUUUGGAGCUGUCGCGGUGUGAAGACGUCCCGGGGCGUCGGGGCGUGUCGUUGUCCACUGUUCUCGUGUCGCUCAGCUGUAUUUCGGGCACAGUUCCCAGGGAGUCCCCCACCUCCCAGGGCUUUGUUUAUCAGGUAGUGUUUGUCAAAAUGGAGGUUUCUUUUUUAGUCAUUUUUUUCUCUCCUCCCUCGGAUAUCUGCUCAAAUAUAGAGAAUGUUAACUUGAUCUUCCUGUAGAGAAAUGUUAAGUGACGGUUGCCUAUUGUACUAUUUUGUAUCUCUUCCUACACACUGCAUUUUGAAACUCACUGAGCCAGGUCGAUACUGUUUGAUUUUCUAAAUAAACUGAAUAAGUGUCUGUCAGACUGCAAUGCUUCUUCGCAUUUUCAGCCUAUUUUUGGGUGACUAUUGUCGUCGGGUGUUUGAAGCUAUAAACAGAAUCUCAUGCUGUUUUUGUGCUUGUAGCUGUCUCACCAGCAGUCACCGUAAGCUUUUACACAGAGGAGAUGGGGGAAAAAAAGAGCAGAGGAGGCGUUACUAAAUUUAUCAGUCGAGUGACGCAGCAGUUUAAAGCUUUUUCUGUAGAACAAACGUCUGGAUAGUUGAUAUU